AGAGAAUUUUUAGUUACAUUUUCUGCUGACAAGUGCUUACCAAAAUCUGCGUGCGGACAUUCAUGCACAGAAAAAGUUUCCCGCAGACACCAAAGUACAAGAAACACUGCGGCUUCAAGUCAAGGGAAGGAAUUUGAUCAAGUGUAAAACGUGCCAAUGAAUCACGAGAAUCGUAUCUCCACGACCUUCACAAGAUUUGAGGAGCGACAGCAGGCUUAUCCGUAAAAACCAAUAAGCUUCAUCCUGAACAACAUAUGGGAUUCAUCAACUUCUACAAGAUUUGGCACGCGGUUGUACAUCAACAACGAACUCCUUCGCAGCAAUUAUCUUCAUCAACUUAUAACUGAUUGUAACCUGGCGUCCCUAAAACGCGCUCUACUGCAAUGGCUGGUCGAGACGAAUUGCCUACGAAGACAUCUUACUGUGAGCUGCAGAGUGACCGAAAAUAUAAAAAUUACCAGCGAACAGAACGAGAAGAACCGUCCUUGGUAGUCAACAAAAGUCAAUUCCACGGCGAAAUUCGGACGUACAAACGCCGACACGUUUUACGAACGCCGCAAAUUGUGAUCACAUGUCCUGCAGAUAAUCUUAAAGAGAACUUCAUAUGCAAGGCGUGUAGCUCUGGUCCUCUGUGUUGUGUUGAUCAACCUGACAGUCAGAUGAAAGACUUUGCAGCUGUCAGUCAGCAGGAGGCACUUGACUACAAUAAUUCUAACGACGAGAGCGACUAUGAAGGAACUCGAACAUGUAGCGAGUGUGGGUCCACAAUUUCCAGCAAUUCUGAUUGUUCAUCGGCCUCCAGUGACGAUGGACAAGAUUCAAUAAACUCUAUCGCACCUCCUUUAAGGAAAUACACGUCUCGUGAAAAUGUGAGUAUAGGAUGUUUAGUCCCGAAAAACGACGUGUUAUCGGAAAUAUCCAAACGAGACCAAGGUUCAUCAAAUGAGACUUCGUCAUCGGAAUCUUCAUCAUCAGAGGAUGAGGACGAGGAAGUCAUCUUGGUGCACAUUGACAGAGAACUUAAAAACGUUGUCGACAAUCACAUCAGAUCCAGACAAAAUUCGUUGAACUCUUCGGAUGAUGCAGAAAGUUUUGAGGAAUGCAGGUCUUCGUCACCAACAAAAGACAUUCCAAGUUCCAAGGAAAGUGAAAUACUCCAAAAGUUCCUCCAGCAAGUAGAAACCCACCCCCAAGAAGAAGACUUGGACGUGAUUUUGGAAAUAGUCGGCGAAGAAGAGGAAGAGCCUUGCAAUCGAUCAAUAAUCAACAUACGAGAGUGCACAGAAAAGUUUAAAGACAUUUAUGCCCGAAAAUUAAGAGAAAUUUAUCACAAAAAAUAUCAAGGUGCUGGUCCUACAUGGAAUGUAAGCAAGCGUGAUGCAAUCAGCAACGAUCGCACUGAUGCUCCUAAGAGCAAUAAUGAUCCAAAUGCGAGCAAACCUGAGAACGAUUCUAAAAGGCUGCACGAUAACCCCAAAAAAAUCAAAACAGAACUUGUGCAACAAAUCGGCAGUACAAAAAUGAACUACGACUUACAAAACAACAAUCUUGAAAAUCUCAAGGAGGUCCCGCAUAAAAGUUGUUCCGAAGUAUACCAAUAUUCUGGUUUUGCCACGAAUCACGAGCGUUUCGGAGAAGAUUCAAAUUCUUCAUUGUCGGACGAUGAUCGAGCUUUCAAUUUCGGCGUCCAAAAGACGAAUAGAAGAGACGAAACUAUGAUAGAUAAGCUCCCUGAAAUUAGACGAUUUCAUCCGCAGAAUAAUGAUGACAAAAUCUCGUUUGAGGACAAGACAUACCUGAAAGCCACAUCUCUUAUCAACGAAAUUGAAUCCUGUUUCAGGGAGACGGCAUUCUUGGUAGAAAAGAGCAUUGGCUCCUACAGAGCUCCAGUGAAAGUGUAUAGAAACGAAAUUGAAACUAAAGAACGUGUUCAGCCUCCUAGUCCGGAUCCAAUUUUCAUUGAUAAGGAUGUUGGUUCCCGAGAUUCUAGUGGCUACACCAACUCCUCUUUUGAGAGAGCCAAUAAUGAUCGAAUUACCAAUGAAUAUCUGUCGUUUUGGAACACUACAGACCAUAACUCGCAGUCGCUCAUGCAACGUGAAUUUGCAACCCAAAGGACUCCUUUCGCCGAACCAAGUGAUAAAGAGUUAUCACUUUCCAACAAAGUGCUCAGACGCAGUCAAAAAGAUGCACAAAAUAUUGACACAGAAAGAGUUCCUAGGACACUAGAAGAAAGUAUUGAAAUCUUCGAAAUGAUUUUAGGGGAUCGAAAAAAUGAGAGUCGAAAGUCUUACGACUCAGGAUUGAGUUCGUCGACUUUGGUACUAAACUCAUCACGCUUCUUCAAAGAAAAUUCAAUUGAGCCAUCAAAAAAUUUCCUCAAAUGUAAUUCAACUUUUGAUUUACCAAGCAGUAUGACUGACAACAAGAGUUUAGAUCAAUCAUGGUCUCUCAACAGGUCAAGAAACAAAUUCAAGUCAUCAUUGACGCUUGAGGGGAGAUCUCGCACUUUGAGUGGCUCUCGUUCCGACAACUCUCCUAAUUCUACGUACACGUCUGCUCACUUCCAGAAUUUAAACUCGGCUGAAACUGAGAUGGAUGAAUCUAACACUUACAAAAAAUUUGAUAACUUCGAUUGCUAUGAUGAGUUGGAAGACGACAAAACGACUUCUCUACAGAGAGAUGGCUCCAAGUGGAUAAAGCACACAAUUGAGUCACACUGUGAGGAUAUGCCAAGAGAGACUCGUAAAAUUAAAAAACCGCUGAGUACUAAAAUGAUAAAUCAUAACGUCAGCCAUGGAAAUGAUGUUGAUGCUUUAAAAUCUACCGCUUUGAUUACUCAAAAUGAUCAAUUCAGCGAAAAAAUGCUGCAUCAAGAAAUAGCCGAAUCUAGUAAGCUCAGUAAUAAUCCUUUGUACAGGUGGAAAAGUGAGCCUGAUUUCGGUCGAUUGCCCUAUCCGUCAUUUGGAUUCCAGAGUAGCAUCGCAGAAGAGUAUUAUGACCAAGAUUAUCUCGCGACCUCCAUGACAACGUUCAUGAAAAAAAUGAAAAGAGAAACAGUUGAGGAUACCAUACAAACAAACCAUUCUCCAAAAGAAGAAACCGUACAGGUGCAAAUAAAAAACGAAGAAGCCAAUAUAGAAAACGAAACCAAAAUGAGUUCUGGGGAAACGAUGGGAAUUUUGAGCGACCAACCUCUUUUUGCACAAGUCGACGAACUUUUGAGAGGCCUUUGUGAAUCCCGCCUGGACGGUGGUUCAGAAUCAGAUGAAGGCGUCGUUAGUGACCAAAGUGACUUCAGUGACAGCAAUUUAACGUCCAGGGCGGAGUGUUACUCUGCAUCAGAGAUAAUGACUUCAAUAAAUGGAUCUAACGGUGAUAGAGAACUCGAAAAAAAUAUUGAACAAAUUGUACAUGGCAUUAACUCGAUAAAGGAGAAGCACCUUGGGAAAAAGAUAGAAGAAGAACUAGAGAACUUCAUUCGACCAAAGAUAGAGCUCCUAAGAAAUAACAUAAAUUGUAAUUUACGAAGCUCAGCGAACAGUACACUGAGUCAACCAAAAUAUAGCGCAAUUUCCCCUCAAGAAAAGAAACGAUACUUUGAAGAAGAAGAGGAUUUAUCGGAGAAGAUUAAGCAGUUGGCAGAGCUUCCAGAGAUUCGGGAAAUAAUCACAAACAUGAACCAGCAAUCAACAAAAUCCCUUUGGAAAUUGCAAGUUAGUAAUGAACUCACCGCCAUGGAGCAGAUUUCCCAAGCCUCCGAUGAGCUCAAGAGCCUGGGGCUUGUUCCCAGCGCCAAGUGUCUCAACGAAACGUUUAAAAGCAUCACUUCAGGUCAGAGGUGUUCCCGAAAGGAGGAAUAUCAAAGGAAAAUGAUCACACGAAGAUUUAACAAAAGUUCUGACUACGUAAACACAACGAAAACGUCCAGGUCUUCUUCAUGUUUUUCAUACUUUGAAGAAACAGAUUCUGGAGGCGGAUCUGAUCUAAGCGACUGCAUCACUAGUUGUGAAAAUCCAACGCGCAGAAGACGGAAUCAUGAUUCUACUUUUCAUUCUGACUCAACAGAGUCAAACAGAAAUUCCUUCAUAAUGAAAAUGCUCCACCAGAAUCUUCGCUGCUACGUCAUAACUCUUGCGUUUCUUGAGAAGCUCUUAAACGGACAAGCAAACCAGCAAGAUGCAGCGAACAGGGAUAAAUUUUUCGAAAAAUUUGAUGCUGCAAAGUCGGAAAUUUCCAGCACCGGUUUUGAAGCGCUGGAAAAGGCAAUGGCGAUGCUUCCAGAAAUAACCGAGUCUGCAACUUUUAAUCCUGAAGCACACAAAUUAUCGCCUUUUGCAAUCGGCCAUGAAGCCUUCUUGAAGGGACUUCAGCGCAAGCAUUUGCUGGAGACUGAGCGGAACUCCUGAUGUCCUGAGAAGCGCGGCGUCUGGCACAGGAAAAGUCCUCAACAAUUAAUCGUAAUAUAAGGUCCUUCUCUUCCUGCAUUUAUCAAGCAAAUUGAUGGCCUGGUAAAGUAAUUGAUAAUGGAAUUUGAGUGAUAAUCGUCUCAGGAGAGUUUUUUUAGCUUUGAAAUUAGAAAAUCAAGUUACCGUACAUGAAUGCUUACACUCUUAAUUAAAGCCUUGAGCUUAACAUUCUGAAAUCCAAAUUUAAUCUAACGAGCAAUAUUUUUAAACGAGAGAAAAUUUAAUUAAAACACUUCACGCCAAUGCAUGCGAAAUAACGAAACGCCUUUAUUAGCAUAAUAUUUUGAAACAAGUGUAUAACAACAAACUGAUUAGAACAUGGAUUGGACUUUGUUAGAUCAGACAGAGAAUUAAGAUAAUGUAAAAACUCUUAUUUACUUUACAAAAUCAGUAUUCCGGGUUUUCGAGUCUGAGUAUUGCUAGUUGACAACGGACGGGAACGGGAACGUUGCUUGCAGUUGCAGACGUUCUUCUGGCUCAGUGCGGCGUUGGCUUCAGUGGAGUAGGGGUGAUAGUCAAGUUGCUCAGAAGGUUCAUUGUGUAAAUACAGGCAGUUCAUUAACAGAAAUUUUUGCCAUUUUUUGGUAUUAACUCAGAUUAUCUAUUAUACUUCUGUGUUGGAAUAUGUAAUAGCCAACUUAGCUUGAUUUUUAAUCAAUUAGAUUUUAUAACUUUCAGUAUUUGACAUAGCAUUAUCAGAAUUCAUAAAGCGUAAUUAUGCAUACCUCAAUUGUUGUUUUAUUACUGUUGAGUUUACACUUAUAUCCCUUCAUUUCUUGACGAAGUGUUUAUAACA